CCAGAACCGGAAACUGAAUGCUUCGCUUCAAUACCUCCCGUCAGCCCUUGCGCGGGUCAGAGGUGACUUCCGGUACCAGUUCACAGUUGCUAUAGAAGCUGUUGUAAACAAGGUGGACUGAAUUGAAGUUGAGCCCUAAAGUUGUCGGUGUAAUUCCCAGUCCACGCCAGUCUGUCAACCAUGUCUACCGCCCAGGACGACCGUUACUCCUUCAUUGCAGAGUGGUACGACCCGAAUGCUGCUCUGAUGAGGAGGUACCAGUUUCUCUACUACCCCAAGGACAACUCCAUUGAAAUGUUUGACAUCAAGAACCAUCGUACCUUCCUGAAGCGUACUAAAUAUGAGGGAGUUAAGCAGGAAGACUUGUACAUCGGCAGCACAGUGGAGGUCUUCUCUCGACAACUGCACUUUGUGGACUACGGAGACAACUUUACUGCCAAGAGCCUCGGUGACAAAAAGGAGAAGACCCUGGCUAUGAUCAAGCCUGAUGCAGUGGAUAAGAUGGGCCUGAUUCUGGACAUGAUCAAUCAGAAAGGAUUACUGGUGACCAAGGCCAAGAUGGUGUUGUUGUCAAGGGCAGAAGCUGCACAGUUCUACAUAGAACAUCAAUCCAAGCCCUUUUUCAAUGGUCUCCUGGAUUACGUGACUGCCGGACCUGUAGUUGCCAUGGAGCUGAUGGGAAGUAACGCUAUCCAAGCAUGGAGAGAUCUGAUUGGUCCAACCAAUCCAAGUGACGCUCGUAGUCAGAAUGCACAAAGUCUGAGGGCCAAGUAUGGUACAGAUAACACCAGAAAUGCAGCACAUGGAUCAGACUCUAAAGAAUCUGCCAUGAGAGAGGCUGAGUUUUUCUUCCCCUCUACUGGUCCAGCCCGAGCCAACACAGCUCAGUUCACCAACUGUACCUGCUGUGUCAUCAAGCCUCAUGCUGUCCUGGCUGGUCAGACAGGUAAAAUCAUCCAGGCUGUUGUAGAUGCUGGUUAUGAGAUCUCUGCUCUGCAGAUGUUUCACUUGGAGAGGGCUAAUGCAGAAGAGUUCAUUGAGGUCUACAAAGGAGUUGUUGCUGAAUACAACGACAUGGUGAGUCAGCUGUGUGCAGGCCCGAGUGUUGCCAUGGAGAUCAGAAGUAAGGACGGGGAGACUCCACAGAGUUUCCGCGAGUUUGUGGGACCAGCUGAUCCGGAGAUUGCAAGGCAUCUGAGGCCCAGGACCCUGAGGGCCAUAUUUGGCACAGACAAGAUCCAAAAUGCUGUACACUGCACAGACUUGCCAGAGGACGGACUUCUGGAGGUGGAAUACUUCUUCAAGAUUCUGGACAGCUGAGGAGAACAUUCGCUGCUGGAAUCUGCACUGUGUGGCUGACUACAUCACAAUGCCCCACAGUCUUACAGAGGAAAAGCGUUGUUUCAUUCUCACUCCAAAUUAACUUUUACACAUUGACUAUUUUUCUGCUUUACCAGGCCAUAUACUAGUAACUGUCAGAUAACUGUUACACAUUUACAUUUUGUAUUAUACUAUAGAGUUGCUGUAAAAACUUUUGCUCUCAUUAAAAUAAAUUUUAGAAUGAUUCUUGGAGCCUUAAAUGUUAAACUUGCCAAUUUGAGACAAAAGUCAUGGCUAACAUGAUGAUUAUAAAUGCCAGAUUAACUGCUUAUUCAAGUAGAUAGCAUGUACAUACUGAUGUACAAUGUUGUACAUAUUCCAGUACACCUUUUGGAGUAAUGUAUAAUUCACUUUGAAGUGAUUUUUGGUUUAAAAUAUAGACUGUAAGUUGUGUAACACAAAACAACACAAAUCUGUUGAAUGGAUGACCAAAAAAACUGAAGUAAGGGUUCAAAAGAUAAAGGCACAUUUUGGAAGCAUAUUUUACAGUAGACUUAACUUUUAAAAUUCCACACUUGUUAGUUUUUUAAGAAGUUGUCUCAAAUUUCGUACCAAUUUUCAAACUUUCUUGUGUAUUACUGUUAAACCUGUUGGAAAAAUAUCCUUUUUUAAAGAAAGGCUAAAAUAGAAAAAAACAAAGCAUUUUCAAAUGUCUUCUGUAUAGAUUUAAGUUAAAGAUAGUACAUGUGUAUGUUUUCCUCCUUUGACAUUUUGUGUGUUCAAGGUUAAAGUCAACAAUUUUCAGUUGUACAAAAUUCCAUUUCCAGUCAAUAGUGCUUGAAGUUGUAUACACAGGAAGACAGAAAGACCACACAAAUGUGUUGUUAUUACCUAAUAUGAGGACCAUCAAAAUUAUAUCGCAGGAGAGGCUAGUUUUUUGAGAGGAUUCUCUCAACCUUUAAAAACAGAAAAGUUGGG